CACAAGUCCAGCAUACCCCCAGAGGCUGUGCGGAAGAGGCCGUUAAUACGUCCUUGACGCCCAUGCCGGAGGCCAAUAAACUAUGGAUACACUGCAAUCGCUGCUUCGAGCAAUUUACCUUCAAGAGGCACAUUUUCUUCCUACUGGCCUGCCAGCAUGUCAGCUGCGAGAAAUGCGUAAAAGCCUGCCUGGGACGCACGCCCAGCGAUGCGCCCAUCUACAUGUGCCCCAUUUGCCACAAGAGUGUGCGCGGUCGGCAAGUGACCAACUCGAUGCCCAACAUUCUGAAGCGAAUGUUUCAUCCGGAGCCGUGGAAUCUCUCGCAAGAUAUCAUAGAAACAUUCCAGCGGAGCAAUCAGAAACACUUUGAUAAGUACAAGGAGAAGAAGGAAAAGGAAAUGGAUAAAUUAGACAAGGACAUAGAAUUAGCGCAAUCUGUGUGCCAAAAGCAUUAUCGCGAUCAACAAAUGCUGCGCGUGGAGCGUAGAAAACUGACCCAACGAAUGCGUCAAAUCAAAUUGCAAGUGGCAAAGCAAAAGGAGGCGCAACGACGUUUUUACAUCUCCAAGCGUCGGCGAUCGAUGGAAGCCCAGCAGUCGGGUUCCACAUCGGGAAAGCUAGCGACCAACCCACCUGUUUCCAGGGCCACUCCCAGCUUUCGAAAUCCAAUGCCACCGCCCCAAUCGGUGCAAUCUACGAUCGAUGCAGGGAAUCGCAGGCAGCAGAUCACCAGCUUUGUGCACGACUCAAAUAAUUCAUUCGACCUGUAAAUGUAUGCUCCGUAUUUUCCUCUAACUAGAUUUUGGCCAGUAAGUAGGUGCUAUUUUUAAUUAAAUUGAAGCUUAAUGUUUAAAAGCAUCUUGGGAAAAGUAAAUUUACGUUACAUAUCAUUUCCAAUAACCUUUUUAUGCUGAUCCUUUUUGUUGACCUUUUCUGUUUAAGCCCUAUUUUGUUAACAAUCCAAUAAAGGUUAGUUUUGAAA